UGUAACCAGGAAGCGGUACAAGUUCGCCACUUAGUGGAAAAAAAUACUUAGUGCAAGCAUUGUUCCUUAUUCAAAUCGAUCAAAACAAGUCGAAGAUUUGCAGACGCGGAAGGAUAGAGAAUUUGACAUAAUUCCAGAUUGAGUGUCCAGUUUGUGUCAUUUGUGACGUCCACCAAAUAUGGAAGUGCAAGCAGGUGAGCUUCAUUAGGCCACUAAUUGCUGCACGCACUAUAAAGUGGAACCGUGACAAAAGACAACGGGCGAGUCGUUCCUGAAAACAUUGUGGUAAACGUUUGUUCAACAACAACAACAACAACAAUGUCGAAUGACGUUUCAAAGAAGAAGGGCAAGAGUUCCGGUGAGAAAAAGUCGAAGAAAAGAGUCAAACGUAAAGAGACGUACGCCAUGUACAUCUAUAAAGUUUUGAAACAGGUUCAUCCGGACACUGGCAUCUCCAGCCGGGCCAUGAGCAUCAUGAACUCUUUCGUCAACGACCUGUUCGAGAGGAUCGCCACCGAAGCGUCGCGCCUGGCGCAGUACAACAAGCGCGCCACCAUCACCAGCCGCGAGGUGCAGACCGCCGUCAGGCUGCUGCUGCCCGGCGAGCUGGCCAAGCACGCGGUGUCCGAGGGCACCAAAGCGGUUACCAAGUACACCAGUUGCAAGUGACGACGCGGUCGUGUUGCCACCUACCAAUAAAUUGAAUCUGGCCUGUAUCUCA